AAUUAUUCGCCAGUCAUCGUUUGAUUGCUUCAAGUUCAUGUCAGCUGAACUUCGGUUCGGUGUUGUUUAAUUGUUGGAGUCACGUUUCUAAAGUCAGAACGGAUCAGACUUCGUGGCCACUUGUGAUAACCUAUUGUUAUAAAUAAUAUAAUAAUCGUCGAUAUUUAUUUUUGUAGAGGAAAAAUUGAAGCUUGAAAAUGUUGAAGGGUAUUACAGCUUUGGUAACUGGUGGUGCAUCUGGGCUGGGCCGUGGUACUGUAGAAAGAUUUGUCAGGCAAGGUGCAAAAGUAGUUAUUGCUGAUUUGCCUAUUUCAAAAGGAAAAUCUGUGGCAGAUGAGUUAGGAGAAGCCAAUGCAGUAUUUGCACCUGUAGAUGUGACUUCGGAAUCUGAUAUCAAAGCUGCUUUAGACCUUACAAAACAAAAAUUCGGCAAGCUCGAUGUUCUUGUUAAUGCUGCUGGCAUUGCCAUUGCUUUCAAAACAUACAAUAGCAAUAAAAAACUCCCUCACAAACUAGAGGACUUUUCUAGAAUUAUCCAAGUUAAUACUAUCGGAACCUUCAAUGCUAUUCGUCUCUCUGCCGGACUGAUGUUUGAAAACACUCCUAAUCAAGAUGGUCAGAGAGGCGUGAUUAUUAAUACUGCGAGUGUCGCUGCUUUUGAUGGGCAAAUCGGUCAGGCUGCUUAUUCUGCUUCGAAAGGAGCAGUCGUAGGAAUGACAUUGCCGAUUGCUCGCGAUCUUUCCAAAGAUGGAAUUCGUGUUGUAACAAUUGCCCCUGGACUGUUUAACACUCCGUUAUUAAUGGAUCUGCCGGAAAAAGUGCGUUCUUUUCUGGCAAAAAGCAUUCCAUUUCCUCAAAGAUUGGGCAGUCCUGAUGAAUAUGCAAUGUUAGUACAGCAAAUCGUGGAAAACCCAUUAUUGAAUGGAGAGACGAUCAGAUUGGAUGGUGCUCUAAGAAUGCAGGCUUGAAGAGCUAUCAGUCUUUUACAGUCUUCCAUUAACAGAAUUGUUAACAACUUUAUUUUCAAUUUCGUUUUUAUUUUCUUUUAUAUUACAUUACGUUUAUAGAUUUUAAUCUUAAACACUUUGAUAUUAUCCUUGGAUUUUGAAACCUUUUUAUGUCAAUUUUUUUCUCUUUUGUGCGUGCAGAAAACCGGGUAUAUACUUAUCUCUUAUGGUUAUGAACCCAUAUGAAUUCAUGGAUAUAGAAACUAUUUUGGAAUAGCAUAUUUUUUUAUAUUAAUAAAAUUUUUAUAUUAAUAAAAAUACUGUCUUAAUAAAGAGA